UGCUGAAACGAGAGUCAGAUGGGACAGAAGGAUGAGCAGACAGGAGGAGGCUUUGUGGUUUUUUAGCUUCAUACUGUUUAGGUUGAUGUUUUAUGGCCAAGAUAAGGACACAGCCUCACAAUGUAAUGUGCUGUAUGCAUUAUUCUACUUUUUUAAUGGUUUGUCCAGGAGCACAAACAAAUUUUCUCCCUGUACUUAUUUACAGAUUCAAGUUUUUCCCUCACACUGUUGAACUGUGUUACCAGAACUCCUUGCUGCAGACCAGUGAAGAAUUGGUCAUGGUCGUGGUGGGACCCCUAACCUUGAAUGCUGGGUUGCUGCUUAUGGUCCUGAUCAGAUGGGUCUGUCAGCAGCGAUUUGACUCAUUCCCUUCCUUCUUGUCAAAGUUUAUCAUAGCUCUGGGACUCUGGACAGUGCUGGACCCGUUGGCAGUGUUUAUAGUGGAUUCAUUCCUGGGGCGACUUGCGUACAGUGUAGAGAAACCCAUUGCUGAUGCUGCAAAGCUCUACUGGGUGUUUCUAAGAUCGGAGGAAUCGGGGGUUUCUGGAGCACUAAUCACUGUGAUGCUUUACACAGUCCUGUUCAUCAUCUCAUCGACAGUGUUGUACCUUUACUUUCUAAGGCUACAUAGUGAGGGGUGGCUGUUGGAUGUAUUUCGACGCAUUCAUGGUGAAGAAGGCACGUUCUUCGUUCCAUUGGACUUAGAGAUUUCCAUUCAUGAACUGAGCUACAUUAUGAAAAGAGCUGAGCAGUGGAGAGGAAUCAAUGGUGAAAGACGGAUGGUGAGUGAAAAAGAGUGAUAAAAGUCAAUGAAUCACUAGUUCAAAUUCUU